CACCGGGGAAUGGGGUGGGCAGAGCCGGUGCUGGAGACCGUGGGAAAGCAGCCUCUGUGCUGUCUGCCCGGCUUGAGCGAGUCCCCACACGCCUGCCAUGACUGCACGGCUUUGGGAAAACCUCUCGGGCUUGCAGGGACUCGGCCAGGCUGCGCGGGAGGGGUGGAGGGCUGAGCCCUGGCGGCUCCYCUCCGCCUCUGCCGUUUCUCCCGUCAGUGGGAACAGUGAGGGGUGCUGGAGUCUCCAUGGAGCUGGGGGGCUGCUGUGGGAGCAGCAUCACGUUUGCCACCCCAUAAGAUGCUGCCCUCCCUCAGAGGGGAGGGGGUGGGAGAGAGGUGCCCGUUUCCCAGUUCUGUGCCUGCCCUACCUCCUGUUUGAAGUUCUCGUGUGUGAUUUUGACCUGCUCCUGCUGUCCCUGCAGCUCUCUUCCCUCCUGCUUCCUCACUGUGGUGGCUGGGCUGUUUCUCCCAUGACUCUCUGCGUCUAGACCUGGCUGUUCCGUGCCUUUGCCAAUCAAACCUGAGCUUCCUCCUCUGACAGUGGAGAGAGGGGCUUCUGGCCUUCUGGGUCACUUUUCCCACCCUCACCUUGACACCAAGCCGCCUCCACUUGUGCCUCCCCGUGCCCCCCGCCCUGCCCACCCUGGGCACCCGUCACCCAUGGACGACUCAGAAGUGGAGUCGACCGCCAGCAUCCUUGCCUCUGUCAAGGAGCAGGAGGCACAGUUCGAGAAGCUGACCCGGGCCCUGGAGGAGGAACGGCGCCAUGUCUCAGCCCAGCUGGAGCGAGUCCGGGUCUCCCCACAGGAUGCUGGCCCGGGCUUGGCCAACGGCACGCUCACCCGGCGGCACCAGAACGGACGUUUCCUGGGCGAUGCUGACCUGGAAAGGCAGAAAUAUUCAGAUCUGAAGCUCAACGGGCCCCAGGACCACAGCCACCUCUUGUACAGCACAAUCCCCAGGAUGCAGGACCCGGGCCAGAUCGUGGAGGAGACGUACACCAUGGAGGAGGACCCGGAAGGGGCCAUGUCGGUCGUGUCUGUGGAAACAUCAGAUGAUGGGACAACCCGGCGUACAGAGACCACGGUGAAGAAAGUGGUGAAGACUGUGACCACGCGGACGGUGCAGCAGGUGCCGGUGGGGCCCGACGGGCUGCCUUUGGAAACCUCCCCCGUCACCAGCAACUAUGUCCAGACCAUGGACAGGAAUUUCCGCAAGAACGGCAACGGGGGUCCCGGCAGCUACCUGGGCCAAGCUGGCACGGCCACCCUCCCUCGCAACUACCACUACCCCGACGGCUACGGCCGCCCCUACGAGGACGGGUACCCAGGCAGUGACCACAGCUACGGCAGCCUGUCCCGUGUCACCCGCAUCGACGAGCGCUACCGCCCUUCCAUGGACACCUACCGGGCUCCCAGCCGCCAGGACAUGUAUGGCCCCCAGCCCCAGGUGCGUGUUGGGGGUAGCAACAUGGACCUCAACCAUUUCCACCCUGAGCCAUAUGGCCUGGAGGAUGACCAGCGCAGCGUGGGCUUYGAAGAUGUGGACUACGGGCUCAUGUCUGACUACGGCACGGCCAGGAGGGCGGGGACCCCGUCUGAUGCUCGGCGGCGGCUCAGGAGUUACGAAGACAUGCUGGUGGAUGAAGUAGCCCCCGACCGGUACUACUGGGCCCCGCUGGCCCAGCACGAGCGGGGCAGCCUGGCCAGCCUGGACAGCCUGCGGAAAGGCCCGGCCCCRGGGAACUGGCGCCAGCCAGAGCUGCCGGAGGUCAUUGCCAUGCUGAGCUUCCGGCUGGAUGCCGUCAAAUCCAACGCAGCCGCCUACCUGCAGCACCUGUGCUACCGCAAUGACAAGGUGAAGACKGAGGUGCGCCGGCUGAAGGGCAUCCCUGUACUCGUGGGGCUGCUGGACCACCCCAAGAAGGAGGUGCACUACGGYGCCUGCGGAGCCCUCAAGAACAUCUCCUUCGGCAAAGACCAGGAUAACAAGAUCGCCAUCAAGAACUGCGACGGGGUGCCCGCCCUGGUGCGCCUGCUGCGCAAGGCCCAYGACAUGGACCUCACCGAGGUCAUCACAGGGACGCUGUGGAACCUGUCCUCGCACGAUUCCAUCAAGAUGGCCAUCGUGGAUCAUGCACUACAUGCCCUGACCGAUGAGGUGGUCAUUCCCCGCUCCGGCUGGGAGCGGGAGCCCAACGAGGACUCCAAACCCCGCCAUAUAGAGUGGGAGUCGGUGCUCACCAACACUGCUGGCUGCCUUAGGAAUGUGAGCUCGGAGCGGAGCGAGGCCCGUCGGAAGCUGCGGGAAUGUGAYGGGCUGGUGGAUGCCCUGAUCUACAUUGUGCAGUCUGAGAUUGGCCAGAAGGACUCGGACAGCAAGCUKGUGGAGAACUGUGUGUGCCUGCUGAGGAACCUGUCCUACCAAGUCCACCGUGAGAUCCCCCACGCCGAACGCUACCAGGAGACGCCCCUGGCCCCCCCCAACAACGCCGGACCCCACGCCGCCAGCUGCUUUGGGGCCAAGAAGGGCAAAGACGAGUGGUUCUCCAGAGGUAAAAAGCUCCCAGAAGACCCUGGUACCGACACAGUGGAUUUUCCCAAAAGAACAACUCCGGCCAAAGGCUACGAGCUCCUCUUCCAGCCAGAAGUGGUGCGGAUAUACAUCUCCCUCCUGAAGGAAAGCAAGACUCCGGCCAUCCUGGAGGCUUCGGCAGGAGCCAUCCAGAACCUGUGUGCUGGCAGCUGGACGUAUGGCCGGUACAUCCGCUCAGCCCUGCGCCAGGAGAAGGGGCUCUCCGCCAUCGCCGACCUCCUGACCCAUGACAGUGAGCGCGUGGUGAAAGCGGCAUCCGGGGCCCUGCGUAACCUGGCCGUGGACCUGCGCAACAAGGAGCUGAUCGGCAAACAUGCCAUCCCCAACCUAGUGAAGAACCUGCCUGGAGGCCAGCAGACCCCUGCUAAAAACCUCUCUGAGGACACAGUGGUGUCAAUCCUCAAUACCAUCAAUGAAGUGAUCGUGGACAACCUCGAGGCUGCCAAGAAGCUCCGGGAAACACAGGGGAUUGAGAAGCUUGUGCUGAUCAAUAAAUCUGGGAACCGCUCAGAGAGAGAAGUCCGGGCAGCUGCCCUCGUGUUGCAGACAGUCUGGGGCUAUAAGGAGCUGCGGAAGCCCCUGGAGAAGGAAGGCUGGAAGAAGUCAGAUUUCCAGGUGAACCUGAACAAUGCYUCUAGGACCCAGGGAGGCAACUCCUUUGAUGACAGCACCUUGCCUCUCAUUGACAGGAACCAAAAAACAGACAAGAAAUCCUCCCGGGAGGAGAUCCAGAUGAGCAACAUGGGACCAGAUAACUAUUCCACACUCAACGAGAGGGACCACAGCAGGACACUGGACCGAUCCGGUGACCUCRGCGAGAUGGAGCCGGUGAAGGCAGCACCGUUGAUGCAGGAGGAGGGGCAGGAGUUGCUGCCUGCGGUAGAGGAGGCGGAGGAAGAUGCUGCUGUGCCCUCCCCCGUGUCGCAGAAGAUCUAGCUGGCCUCCCCRCCUCCGCUCUGUUUGGGUUGAUAAUAUAUUAUAUAUAUAAAUAUAUAACUCUUCAUGGUGGAAUGGACCGACUUUUACCUUGUCUUAUUGUUGGAAUAUUUGCUGGACUCUUCUGUGCCAACCAUCCAGCCAAACGCCUGGGCCGGGUCCCCGGGGCAGCUCGGGCCACUCSGUCUCCUCGGGGCCGCUGCACCUCCCCGUUCUGGGACACCACCACUGAGAACUCCUCCUCCUCCUGUCCUCCACCACCUCCUUCCUCUUGAGAGUAAAACCUUCCUGCCUGACACUGCCGGAUCAGCCGGUGUGGAUGCUGCACAAGGACUCGGUUCUCUGCCUUGACCAGGAGCUGCCUUCUCUCCCACGCCUUCCCCCUGCUCCAGGGCGUCUGCAGGGACAGGGACUGGGACCUCACUCGCUGCCGCCUUGUUUUUGGUUUGGUUUUGUUGCCUAUAGGAUAUAUUUUUUUUGUGUGGGAUCAGUCUUCAGCCAGGGCCAUGGGGACAACAGGAGCAUACCUCCUCCCUGAGGGCUACAGGACCAGAGUCUGGGGGCUGGAGAUGCGGCAGGAGAGAGGAAGGAAAACCAGCAAUAACUUCUCUUGCUUUGCUCUAGAUGAAGCUUUGGAGGCUGGGGAAGGGGGAUCCACCUCUGGGUCCUGCGGAGGGGCCUGGAUGGGGCGCUGGCUCCCACCCAGUGCCUGCAGGAGGAGGAUCCUGUCAGGACGGGGGUCAGUGCCGGGUGUGGGCCGGGGUGCCCGUGGAGGGAAGAGAUGCGGCAGGAUUUUGGGGAGAGCGGGCGGCUCGGGGCGCGCUGUGCCAGGUGCCUGGAGCUGGGAUCCCCGCAGCGCUGCCCCACUGACUUUCUCUUGACACGUGCCUUUCUUUUGCCACUGUGAAAUAGCUCUUUGAAUCGUACUGUCCAGCUGCUUCCCUGGGAAAGGGGAGUUUCCUGGGCUUCCGGCAGGGCUGAGCUCUUCCUUYCCUGCUGGGAGCCUUACCUGUCUGCAAUGGGGCUGGGAGCCUGUCUUGGGGGAGCCCAACCCCCCUGCCCUCGCUGAGAGGGUGCCGGGUGCUCAUCGGCAUCCUAGCCUGGGCUGCCACAGGAGUUGGAUGUGCUCCUCCUCCUCCUCCUCUUGGCUGUGGUGCUGGGGCACGUCCAUGUGCUGUGAUCYUUGAGGGGGCCCUGGGGCUCCCUGUGCAACUGGAAGCCUCUGCAGGAGGCUGCAAACUGGAGCAGGAGCCCUUCCAGCCUGGGGCUCCCCCCAGGGCGGGCUCUCGGGGUGUGGGGACGCAGCAGGGGCAGAGCUGG